AUGCCAACAUCCCUCCAACCUCCAGACCACCCCCUCGCCCUUCGCCGCACUCACCUUCUCGCCCCAGCACCCGAUCGCCUCACCAACACCCCCACAACCCUAACAAUCACCCGCAACAACACCCUCUCCGGCCGUGCCUUCAGCGUUCACCAUCUACGCACACAUGAGCCAUACGACAGCCCCACCCGCCGCUCCCUGCUGUACACCGUAACCGGCAAAUUCUGGAGCGGCACGCAAGCGCGCGAGAUCCGCGAUGCAGCCGGUAGACCCCUCCUCGAGCUACGGCGCAUGUGGUGGCAGCGCGCAUGGAGCGUGAAGCGCGCCGGCGGUGCAGGCGAGGAACUCAUGGGCGCAGAGAUGCGAUGGGGCGCAGGCUUGAAGAUGAAAAUGGCCGUCCGGGUACGCAAUGCCUUACUCGUCGGCGCCGGGCGAAGAAGUGCAGGCGAAGCCGAAGAUGAAUUCCUUCGAAGCGACGCCAUCGCCAGUUCCAGCACCGCACCACCACCAAGCUCCAUCCGACGCCGCCGCUCAACAGACACCGUCAGCUCCAAAUCUACACACCUGCCCUCCUACGCCUCCGCCCACCGCCGCUCAACCCACUCGCUCCGCGAACUCCUCGACGCAGUCGAGCCACCGGCCGAACCUGCGCCCGCGUCUAGCUAUGCGUAUGCAUUCCCGCCGGCGCGGCGGUACUCAGAGACUGUCGUGGAAGAACGCGCGGAGCUGCGCGUGGUGCAGAUGAGUAAUACGGUUGCGGCGGUGAUGAUGGGGGAGAAGAAGAUUGUGUCUAUUCGGCGGGAGAAGGUUAUGAUGGAUGCUCAGUUGAGUGGGCGGAUGGAUCGGUGGGAGGUCGGGGUUGCUGAGGGGGUGGAUUUGUUGCUGGUAAGUUUGUAUAAUGCGGAGCCAGGCGAUGCGUAA